GCGUUCUUCGCCUCCGGGACCUCUGUGGGCUUCCCGCUCAUGUCGACCGCGGGCGUGCGCGACGUCAAGGACGUGCGCGUACCCGACGACGCGUUCGCCGCGUUCCUGCGGCGCUUGCCGGUCGUCCCCGCCGAGACGCUCGCGGAGGCGCGCGCCAUGGUGGAUGCGCUGCAGGCGCGCCGGAUGCUGCGCGACAUCGCGUUCGAUGACGUGCUCGGCGAGCUGCGGCAGCGCCCGCUCGGCGAGACGGAGGCGGCAGCGUGCCUAAGGUGGUGGGUGACUGUGCACCGCUCCGGCGCGGGCAACGAGCGCGUGCGGCGAGAGCUGCUUGACGCGGCGGUCGUGGCGGCGGAGGGCGACGGGGGGCGCGUCGUGCAGCUCGCGGCGGUGCAGACGUUCUUGAACCCAAGGGCGACGGGCGCGGUGAUACCCGCCGACGGGCCGCUGCCGGCGCACCUCCUCCCGUUGGGCGUGAGCAAGGGUCUCGAGCUGGACAUGCUCGUCGCGGUGUUUGGGUGGCGCGAGCUGACGGUGCUGGAUUGGGUGAAACAUAUCGUGAGCCCCGCGGUAAGGGAAGGGAAUGUCGAGCAUGAUGUGACGCGCUCAGCGGCAUGGGCGGAGCGCGUGCUCGUGGGGGUGUCGAGGCAGUGGUCGUCGUUGGCACACGACGUGCAGACGGAGAUUGUGGGGCUUCUGAGGGAGCUGGCGUGCGUGCCGACGACGGGCGGGCUGAGGCGCCCAGAGCUGGCGUAUUUUGCGAAUGUGAAUUUGUUCAAGGAUCUCCCGACCGUUGCGUUCCCGUCUGGGACGCCGGUGAGGGGGCAGCUGGAGAGGUUCCUUGCGGCUCUGGGGGUGCGGAAGCAUGUUGACUUGCAGGUUGUGUUUGAUCGGAUGAUCAAGACAGGUGAUUGGACAAUAGCGGACCUGAUGAAAUAUCUGGUGUCUGUGCAAUCCACGCUCACGCCCGAAGAGUUCGCCCGGUUGAAGAACACUGCCGCUUUUCCUCGGGAGAACACCCCAGGCGAGGACGCAGAGAAGAACAAGACUGUUCGCUACAAGGCUUCGACUCUGUACGAGCCCUUGGAUGUCUUCCGCCAGCUGAAGCUCCCGAUAUUGGACUGGGGCGCAAACGUCAAGUGGCGUGGCUCCUCGGAGGAAGCCAAGCUUCUGUACCGUCUUGGUCUUUUGAGAUUUCCGCCUUUGGAAGUCAUCAUCAAUCUCGCGGCUAGCACGGAUGUGAACGUCCGCAAAGAGGCUAUGCAAUACUUCAUGCAGAACUUCUCUACACGGUAUUCAGAUUAUGACCCGGGUCAAUUCGGAGAUAAGGCGUUCAUACCUACGAGAGAUGGAAAGCUUGCAAAGCCCAGCGAAGUGUUCGCGAAUGCCGAGUGGGAGAAGCUUGGUUAUUGGAUCGUAGACGAUAGUCUGCGUGCGGACGCACUGACAAAGCUGAAAAUACCCGAGCACCCACACCCGUCUGCUCUGGUUUCGCUGCUUCAGCGGAAGCCACCACAGACAGAGGCGAUAGCCAGUGAAUGGUUCGCCGUCUUAGCAAGCCGGAUUACAGCCUUCUCGGCCGCUCAGCUGAAGACCUUGUCCCAAAUGCCGAUCGUGCCAACCCGACAUAACGUGGGCGAUAAGUCCACUAUACGCAUGCUGCCUCCCAGUCAAUGUUAUUUCGCCGGUGACUCGGACGGCCAAGUACACUCCAAAUUAUUCGUGUACGUCAAUUUUGGACCUCAGGCGAACAGCUUCCUCAUGGCAUGCGGGGCGAAGAACAAACCUUCGGUUGAUGAGAUCGCUCAGAUGAUGCUUGGAGAUCCCCGCCGCUUCUACAGCGAAGUCGGCGGCCGGCCAAACUUCUUGAUCGAGUUGCGCAACCUUGCUGCGAACCGGCGAGCUAUUGCACCCGUCACGUUCACCCGGAUGAAGAGAUCACCUAUCCUCUUGGGCUCACGCAGAGUCAAGAGGGCAUCUGCUAAAGCUCAGGAAGGAUCCAGUAAUCCUGAUUUGGAUGACGAUGACUGGGAGUACGAGUAUGAUUUGCGAAAGCCGGAGCAGAUUAUCGUAGCGGAUGAAAUCAACUCAUACCGACUCUUCGGCGAGUCCAUAUUCACCGCUCCACAGGAAGACCUCCUGGAAGAAUUUUACCUCGACCUCGGAUGUCCACGUCUGAGUCGCCUCGUACGAGAAGACUAUAAGACGCGAGGCGAGAUACACGGAUCCAAAAUGGCGGCAGAAACUCGGGCACGGGUACUCGAACGACUUCCCCUGUUCCUUCAUGAGCAUAGACAUGAGACAUUACGUAUCACCUACAACUGGCUCAACUCGGAUAACAAUUUCAUAGUGAGGACAUUUGGCAAGCUCGUCGUGACGAAGUCGAUGAAGUAUGACAAUAAACUCCUCUCCCAAGAACGUGAAGCUUCUGCUGCUGUGAAGCGUGACGGGAAUGGCCCAAUACAACUGUGGUUAGCUGGAAACACUCAAGUUGAUAUGUACGAAGUCGCAACGUCCUUAUGUCAUCAUAUCUUCAAAAAUCCUCGAAACAACGAUGCAUUGCUGUUCAUGACGAUCCUCUCCACUGAUUUGAAGUCUCUCCGGAGGCGGGGAUAUAAUGUGGACAGGAUUUUGCGACAACAGCAGGCGGAACGUGAAGCCGCCUAUAACGCCGCUAGGGAACGGAUGGCGGUCGAAACGGCUUUGGUGUCAGACUCGCUGCCCACCGCAUCUGGAGGCUUGCCUGCAUCGGAGUCGCAGAUACGCGACGAGCCUGACGGCUCAUCCAGCCCUGCAACCGACUUGACAUUGGCUAAUUCCCCCACACCGGAGCCCACAGUGCAGGAUUCGAUACGGGAUCAACACCCCCAUCAGAAGGCUCUGUCGAAUGCCCAUAAUACUCUACAGAAUUUCAUGAGAAAGUUGAAUCCACGGCCUCAGCCGAUGGCAUCUGCACCAGGAGGCUCGACAGGGCUUCAAACGAAGUCGCCUUCUUCCCAUGUCACACCUCUUAGCAAUAUCACGUCGAAUAUUGAGACGGCAGUCAAAGCCUGCAGAGAAGAGAAGAGUGAUUUAUUGAACAACAGAAGGCAGAUGCAGACCGUGAAAGAGAGUCUCGACGAAGGUUAUUGCGACAUCUCAGGGUAUUCUCGCGACCUAAGCCGGGUGGGCGACAUGGGCGGUAUACCGGUUUUCGUCUCCCCAGAUGUGUUAGAGCGCUACCGAAGCCAGGGUCAGAAGGACCCUAAACGAGGAUUCAUGGAAGACAAACAUGACGCCUUAGCGAGGUUUAUUCAUGUCAUGCAGGCGCUGCGAGAGGUGUAUAAGCUUCCAGCCAAGAGUCUACAUGUGUUCUGUGACUUGGGCGGAGAGCUCAUCGCCUUCAAUCGUGAGGGCAGCCUCUAUUUGAAUCUCCGAUAUUAUGAGGCUUGGCAUGACGAGGAAGUCCGGAACGGUGACAUGUCAAAGGCAUUUAUAUCUUGGUACUUCACUCUGGCACACGAGAUUGCGCAUAAUCUCGUGCACCCACAUAAUUCCGAGCACGAGUUCUACUUUUCAGCUAUCUGCGAACAAUACCUGGUUCCUUUUGCUCAGAUGCUAUCUUGAUGGACUAUUUUACUCUUGGACACGGACUUGUAUCUUACUGCACCGGACACCAAUGUGUAUUCUAUCCCUUCCUGCACAUAUCUACCGUUAGCAGUCAGUAAUGGAACCAUCUUUUUACUGGC